GAAGGUUUAUCCACACAAACGACCAAUCCGUCGGAUGAGAUCAGCUUGGAUCGAUUCUUUCAUUUGGCUGGAGUGGAGCCAUCACAGCUGGAGGCCAUCUAUUCCGGUGAUUUUGGCGACCUGACUGGUACCGGUGGAGUUUACUCUGGUCCAAGCAAGCCCGAUUCUUCCAGUAUCACCCUAUCAUCGCAGUAUCAAAUGGGCACCGACCCACGUUCCAAGGCUGAAGAAGAAGCGGCCAGUUAUCGCCGCAAACUCGCGGCCUACCAGGAUGGACAACAGAAACAGGCUCAGCUCAUUCAGAAGCUACAAACCAAG